GAGGCGGCGGCAGCAGGAUCGGCGGCAGCGGUGGCAGGAGCCAAGGAGCAGGCUCCAGACGCUGCUUAGGAACCGGGGACCCGGGAGUGCCCGCACCCUGAGCUCUCAGCUCCGGAGGCGGAAGAAAGAAGAGUGUCUUCGGAGAUAUCCAAAGCUAGAUUAAAAGGUUGGGGGAAGAAGUCGGUUAAGAUACUGAAAGAAACACGGCUGGAUUUUUGGAUCUGAGGCACAGAUAGGCACUGAAAUUACAAUAGCUACAGCCCUGCUCACGCCCUUCCCACCUGUUUCCGUUGAGUAUUUCCUCCAGUUCCCAACUUCAGACAAGGCUGACUGACUAAAUCAUGGCAGAGUACGGCACUCUCCUUCAGGACCUGACCGACAACAUCACCCUCGAAGAUCUGGAGCAGCUCAAGUCAGCCUGCAAGGAGGACAUCCCCAGCGAGAAGAGCGAGGAGAUCACCACAGGCAGUGCCUGGUUCAGCUUCCUGGAGAGCCACAACAAGCUGGACAAAGACAACCUCUCCUACAUUGAGCACAUCUUUGAGAUAUCCCGCCGUCCUGACCUACUUACUAUGGUGGUUGACUACAGAACCCGUGUGCUGAAGAUCUCUGAGGAGGAUGAGCUGGACACCAAGUUAACCCGUAUUCCCAGUGCCAAGAAGUACAAAGACAUUAUCCGGCAGCCCUCUGAGGAAGAAAUCAUCAAAUUGGCUCCCCCACCAAAGAAGGCCUGAGCAAGGGGGAGGAAGAGGAGGAAGGUUGGAUCUUCAUCAGACCACUCCCUUCCCCACCCUCAGUGGGAGGGGCUAGGGCAACCCCCUGCUCCGCACCCAUUUACUAACUUGGUCCUAACCCUUACUAUGCGCGUGUGUGCGUGUGCGCACGCUCUGGCUGUCUGUCUGUCUAGCUCAUCUAGUUCCUCCUCCUCGUGAGGGGAUUGGAGUCAAGGGACGGGGAGCUUAAUUCUCCCCUUUCCUCCACUCUUACCCCACAUCUUUAAAGUACGGAAGCAGAAAGGACCUGCAUUUUCCUACACUGAGGAGCUAUGGUGAAGAUGAGGUAUGGGAGAGAUGGUUAUAUCUAAAGAAAACCAGUGGGGAAGGAGAUAAAGAGGCUACUCAACCUCCACCUGUAAGGGGCAAAGAAAAGCCAGAAUUCAGUGUUUGUAUCUCCAUGCUGGACUGGCUAGAAUCCAGCUUCCCGCUAUUCCUUAGGCUGAGGUCCUGAGUGCCAGUGGGCCCUUCCUUUGUGCCCUUGUUAUGGGCCUGGGAUGAGGAUGGGCCAGAAAUCUUAAUGAGAAGACCAUUAGAUCCUUUCCUGGUCCCCAAGAGCAAACCCCAGUGGAGAAGCCAGCAUUUAAUGCCCCACCCCAACUUCUGCUCUGGAGAGACUAUGCUGGGACCAUGCACUACUAAGCUGAGCUAGGGACGCAGGUAGACAGGCCCACUUGCUGCUCCUCAGUUUCUGAAUACAGACUGUUGGAUAUACUGACCCAGAGCCUAGGGAGACUGGGGAGUGAGAUUCUUAGGUUUUAACCCCAACCUGCCCACAACUUACAGAGUCCCAAUAUGGGUGUUGUAGGCAACCAUCCCACUCUCCAGUUUAGAAUUCCCCAAGCAAGAAAGAAGUUAAUUACAGUGUUUCCUUUGCACUGACUUACCACCCUGAUUCAAUCCAGGAAGGGACUGGUAACUUGGGUUUGUGGAUGCCACACAGCCAAGUCACUAGAGUACAGUGAGUGAACCCAGCCUCCUCCCCGUCCCAAGAUGCCCUUCCCCAUCUUGACCGUGCUAACUGUGUGUACAUAUAUAUUCUACAUAUAUGUAUAUUAAACCCGCACUGCCAUGUCUGCCCUUUUUUGUGGUUUUUAGCAUUAACUUAUUGUCUAGGCCAGAGCAGAGUGGGAGGGGGAUGUCACAGUAAAGGGAGUAGCAGAGCCAAAUUGUUACAUAGUCCAAACAGAAAAGAAAACAUUUCAGCCAACCACAACGAACAUUACAUUUACAUCUGAGCUAAGAGACAAUUCAGAGAAAGUUGAAGGGAGGAGCUUUUAGGAUAUGGGAACAAAACUUCACAGGGACGGGAGGAUUGAUUGGCUGUCAGAAGAGGGUUACUGGCAAGUGCACCCUCAAUUCCUAGCUGAGCCCAGUUUGCCCAUCUCCUCUGGCCACUGCUGCAGACACCUGCCUUAACACACACAACUCGAAGAUUCCAGUUUUGCCUUAAAGGUCCUUCCGAAGUCUCCCUAGUCCUGCCUGGCAUCUCCUUAAGACAAGAAAUCCCUGUACAACUGGGAGAAAGGAACUCUGGGUAACACCCUUCCAUCUAGGUGUUACAUGAGAGCAGGAGUGAGACAUCGCUUUCCUUAUGGAAGAAAGAGAGAGAGGGUGCUUCUCAGCAGUUUCUGUAAGGCAAAACCCAAACCUUAAACAGACUAACCUGCCCUAAUACACUUACACACCCUGCUACCCUCGUGCUGCCGUGAGGUUGCCCCUAGCCUGUGCUCCUCUGUCUGCAGUAUGCACUUGUUCUAACCCUGGAAUAAAGGUGACUGACUGUACUGUA